AUGGACACGGUUGGCGAGGCUCCUUUCUCCUUUGAGGAUUUCUUUCCCAAUCUUGGUGGCACGCAGGGACUCGACCUCGGCACCGAUCCGAGCCCCUUCCCACCCAAUUCGAUACCACCAGCUCAGCCCGACGGAACCGACCGGCCAAAUCUGUCAUUCACGCUCCAAGACAAUGCGGACUCUUCCCGCUCUCAAAAAUCAUUUCCUAAUCCUGCAAAGAAUGGGGCGCGGUUCUCCUCGACGUCACGUCGAAUUCUCAAGGACUGGUUUGAAAGUCACCCGCAGCAGCCGUAUCCUACUGUCGGGGACAUCGAGAGAAUACAACGACAGACUGGGCUGAGCCGGCAACAGAUAUUGGGAUGGUUUUCUAACGCUCGAAGGCGACGCAAACCCCAGCCCCGUCACCGCCCUUCAACCCCCAUUAUUCGACCAGCCGGCCCCAACUUGGAUGCCUCUCUCGAGCAAAUGAACCCACUGGAGAGAUGGCAGAACUCCCCGCCUGACCAAGAACCCGCCACAGCCUUUGCAAUCGCUCGCGCAGCUGAGACCCAGGCACCGGCUUCACACCACUCUUCCGACUCCGGGAAACCCUUAGAUCCCUACUGGGACGACUCGUCCGCAAGCAGCGCCGUUGCUUCUUACUCCAGCGGCAGCUCCUUUGCGUCUUCCCACUAUGCUGCAUCCUACUUAUCCAGGUAUUCAGGCGGAAGCCACGGAUCAGCCAGUACUCUGGAGCACCUUCGGAAAUCAAUCAAGCGAAGGCGACGUCGGCUUCCCAGACGAAAACCAACCCACAACCCGCUCAAUUCCCUCACGCAGGUUGAUUACACGUUUCAAUGCACCUUUUGCACCGAGACCUUCAAAACAAAACAUAACUGGAAGCGGCAUGAGCGUUGCCUCCACCUCUCAUUGGAGCAAUGGGAAUGCUCUCCAUAUGGUCCUACGAUGUUGAUAGAUGGCCAAGGUACAAAUGCUUGUGUCUACUGUGGGGAGCUGAACCCAGACCAGGCGCAUCUAGUGGACCACAACCCAAUGAGUUGUAGCCAAAGGGCAGGAUCAGAACGUUUGUUCUAUCGAAAGGACCACCUGCAACAACAUCUGAAGCUCGUCCAUAUGGCUGGUUUUAGGAAAUGCCCUAUGGAGAAAUGGAAGCAGGUGGUUGAGCAGGUACGAUGGCGGUGCGGCUUUUGUGAUACCGUUGGAAAUUCCUGGUCUGACAGAAUAGACCACCUUGCGGAGCACUUUCAGACUGGGAAAACAAUGGCCGAUUGGACAGGUGAUUGGGGUUUUGAGGAGCAUAUACUAGACAUGGUAGAGAAUUCCAUGCCUCCGUGUAAGCCACGUCGUAACCUCGCUGCCAUGCUGACUGGUACUGAUCUUGAGUUCACAAUAGACUUCAUCCACGCCGAACGAUCCUCGCCUUGGCCGUUCACUACUCAGCAAGGCCCCCCGGAAACUCCAGUGAGCGCUUUCGACUUGCUCACACUGGAGCUGGAGCAUUUCCGGAUCAGUUGUCUCAACACAGAACAUCGCGAGCCGUCGUACCCCGAGCUUCAAUAUGAGGCCUGCUGCGUCAUCUUUGGUUCAGAAUUAUUCUGCCCAGUCCCAGUCGUCCCACGGCCGUCGUGGCUACGUGAUCUUCUCAUGUCAUCCGAGGAUAUUUCUCAGCGCGCUCGUCUACGGCCAGUGAAGGAUUCGUCCAGUUUUCGAAUCACACAGUUGCAGAUACACGGAAAAGACAAUAUCUUUCAAGAUUGUGGCCUGGAGAGGGAGCUUCAGAAAUAUGUUGAGACCUUUGUCCUGUUGGAAUUGACAAUUGAGAACUGUGAACUACAAUCCGAGGCAGGCAGGAUCGCUCUCAAGUUCGGGGAAGUCUCAUCCAUCCAUUCCGAAAUAUUUGUCCCAUUCCUGAAUAGUCUCAUCUUUGGCUCUACAGAAUGGCUUGAAGCAUUUCGCCAACGUGCCCGACUGAUGCCCGUCAACAGUUUCUCCCUCUCGGCCAUAGAUCCAACAUGCGCGUUGGGUUCUCAAACAUUUCUAGAGCAAUCAAUUUUAGAAACGCCAGCCGGCCUUACCAAUGAGACGUACCACAGUGAAACAGCCUUGGCAUCCCCGUCACCGCCCACAAAUGCCAAGGCGCCCUCGUCGUUCCUUCACGACAGCAAUUGUUAUAGACGCCUUACCAGGGAACUCUCACGGUUCGUAGCAAGCACCACGUCAUCACGGAAUCCGGCCCAACACAUCCCCUCGGAUGAAGAACUACGACAUCAUGCGCGAUGGAUCAUGUUCCAAGAUGACGAUCAAUGGAACCAAACUCCUGCUGAUAACCCGUAUUGGCUGCUUGAUUUCAAACGUGAAGUAGGCUUACAGACUAAUGAUUCGGCCGAAGCGGAGUAA